UAGGGAAGUCCGUGUAGUCCCAAACCUGAGAAGUGAUGUAUUGUGUAAAACUACAAUUCCCGUGUUCCGUUUCCAACAUGGCGGACUGAGAGCUGGGUGCGAUUUCUACAGGAAAUACUUUCUCAUACGGCUGUGUGUUUGUAAAGGGCUGCCAUUUUACCGAGCUUACGGAAAGGACACCUGAGCAGAAUGAAAGAUCAAAAGGUUCAGCUCAUAUCCAGCUCAUACCAUGAGCAUUUACUUGGGGCAAUGUGGAAGUUAAGAGUCACAGGGAACCUGUGUGAUAUCACAGUGCAAGUGGAUUUUCAAGGGGAACUGGAAGAAUUUACGGCCCACCAAAUAGUACUUGCUGCAUCUAGUGGCUAUUUUAAAACCCUCCUCUUAGCAGAGGAGCGAGUUGAAAAAUUAUUCUUAAAUACCAUUUCACCUGAAGUCUUUACCAAAUUCUUAGAGUAUGUGUAUUCUGGAAAAAUGGAAGUUGAGGAAAGCUGUCUUGACCACAUAAUAAACAUGGCAAAGCUGCUCGACUGCCAAGACCUAGUGGAUGCUUGCAGUACCAAACUUCUGGCUCAUAAUUCUGAAAGAGCCAGUGCCAGCAAAGGCAAAUUACUGAAGGAGAGGUCCAAAAAGGCUGUAAAGAGAGCACUAGAUAAAAGGAAAAAACUCAAAAUUACACUGAAAACCAUAAGCACUGAGAGGGGGGAGAAAAUAGUGCUACAGGGCAGGAGGAGCAGCAGGUUAGCCGGCCGCAGAGUUGUUGUAGACUUCAAUAAGAAGAAGCCAUACCACAAAGCAGUAUUUCCACCUGAGGCUUCUGACGGCUUUGUAAAUCGAGACAAAUCAGAGGCAACACAAGAGGCAUCGCUAGAGGUUGGAGAAACAGAAUCGGCUGUUCCUACUGAUCCAGUUGUACCCCAGAAAGAGGCUCUCACUGACAGUGGCUCUGACUCACCAUGCACUUUCAACCGUGACAUGUCAGAAGAAGAGUUUCAAGAAUCUGACUUCAUACCAACUGCUGCCAUCGAGAAAACGGAUGCAGCUGAAAAGGAUUGCAAGCCAGUUGGCUCUAAGUAUAAUUGUGACAUGUGUAUCCGUUCAUUUCGCUACGAGAAGAGCUACUUAAAGCAUGUUACGGUUAGUCAUGGGAUCCACACUGAUACGACUUACCGCUGCGGCAUCUGCCAGCAGACCUUCGCCAACCGCUGCAACCUGAAGAUUCAUGAGCGACACGUGCACAACGACGAGAGGCUCUUUCUUUGUGGAAUGUGUGGUAAGGCCUUCAAACGCAAGAAGGAUGUGACAAGGCACAUGAGGCAGGUGCAUGAGGGUGGAACCGAGCGACACUACUGUCCGAUCUGUGGCAAAUCUCUGAGUUCAAGAACAGCUCUCACCCUGCAUGAGAGGACACACACGGGGGACAAGCCAUACAGCUGUGAUGAGUGUGGAGCUCGGUUCUCUCAGAGCUCAGCACUCAAGACACACCAGAGGAUUCACACUGGGGAGAAGCCUUUUGCCUGUGACCUGUGUGACGCCAGGUUUACCCAGAACCACAUGCUGGCUUACCAUAAGCGAUCCCACACAGGGGAAAAGCCCUAUAUGUGUGAAAACUGUGGGAAAAGCUUUGCCUCUAAAGAAUACCUGAAACAUCAUGCAAGAAUCCAUUCAGGCUUGAAGCCAUACAAGUGUGAAAACUGUGGAAGAGCAUUUGCACAGCGUAACUCACUCCAUCAGCAUAUGAAAAUUCACACAGGUGAGAGGCCUUACCAUUGUAAAGACUGUGAUAAGCAGUUCACUCAGCUCAACGCUCUUCAGAGGCAUCAGAGGAUCCACACGGGAGAGAAACCUUACAUGUGCAGCAUGUGUGGCCGAACGUUUACGGACAAAUCUACCGUCCGCCGACACACUUUGACCCACGACAAAGAUACACCUUGGAAGAAUUACCUUGUUGUGCUAGAGGGUAAUGUAGAGGAACGUGUUAAGAAGCCCAAAGGUUCAUCUGUAAGGAAGGACAAGGCAGCAGUGAAUGCAGAUGAACAUCAGGCAGUGGAGGAUCAGAAUGACACUAAAACCCAGGAGACAGUGUCUGUGCCAGAGGAGCCAGUGACCAUCUCUGGAGACUGGGCUGACCCUGGCACCAUCACUGUGGUCAGUCAUGGAGCCCUGGGCAAUCUGACCGUUAUCCAGACAGAGGUACCACCUGGUACACAACUGCAGCCCAUCGUCACUGCAGACGGAGCCAGUGUCCUUUCACUGGAGAGUUCCGCUGUCGGCAUCCCUGUUACUCUGCCCUUCUCCAUUCCUAUCUCUGUUGCACAUUCCAUCUCUGGCUCAGCCUCGCUGACUGGCACAGUCACUCUGAGUGAACCAGCCACUGUUUCUGAUGCCAUCUUGGCUCCGGCGACUUCAGCAGCACCUGUAGCCACAGUCACAGAAGGCAUUCUCUCUCCAGUUGAAGUCACUUUGUCUACAUCUAGUGAAUGUGUAACAGCACAGUCAGCGGUGGAGCAGGCUGAGGAGGCACAGCAGUCAGAUUUACAGGAGGGAACAACUGAGCAUGUACAGAACACAGAAACAGUAGAGGCCAUGGAGAUCUCUGCAGGAGAGUAGUUUUAAAGGCUUUUUAGUGGGUCUUAUCUGUACACUGUAUUAAUUAAGUCUUUAAUGGGCCUAUUUAAUGUAAAUAUUGUAAUGCUUGUUGUAUAGCAUAUUAUAAAUGAUAUUCCUCAGAAGAAAAAUUCCUUUUCCCUUAACAGGACAAUCGAGCUGUUUCAAUGGCUGAUCAGUUCUUAUUCCAUAGAACCAUUUAAAUUGCACAGUGAGAACAAGGAUAUCAAAACCAAGCCCUGAAAUAAUUGUUUGAGCUUUGGCUUGUGUGGCGUAAAGAGCUUGUUCUUGCAGAAGUUUACUGGAGGAGACACUACCAGCAGGUUUUUCAAAUAAUGUUUUGGGACAGUAUUUCCUUAUUUUUCAUGUGGCAGUCAAACAUGUUGUAUAUCCAUUGCACUAAUAGAUCAAUCAGUUGGAAAUUAA